AUGGUCUUCCCGAGCCCCGGGUGCCAAACAUGCCGAAAACGCAAAGUCAAGUGUGAUUGUACGAGACCUCUGUGCCAAAGAUGUCGGACCGGCGAUAGGAUGUGCACCUGGGACUCGGACGAGCAGACAGGUUUGCACUUUAGGAGUGAAAACGCGUUCGCUAUGGGUCUUCAGCGACGUCCACCCAAGACAAGUGGCAACCAAGCAGCGCGACUUAUCGGCUCAGGCUCUACCUUUCCACUGGUAUCAAAUGGCGGCGGAAUACAGCCAGCGCUGUCGCUGCCAUUAGAGAUGCACGCCCUCUAUUAUUUUGCAGAUAGCGUUUCUACGGAGAGGCAUAUACUAGGGAAUGGCGGUCCUGAAUACAGUCCACACGUGCUUCACCAUUGGAAAUUGGCUAAGCCGCACUCUUGUCUCCGUCUCGCAUUAGAGGCUUAUUCGCAUGCCUUGAUAGGACGGAAAAGGGACGUGAGACCAGCCCUUUGCUUUUCCCAAAGAGUAUACGCAAAGGCCGUGGAGGAGAUCCAGAACGCCAUGAGUACAAUAUCGAGCGAUACGAUAUAUCAGGUGAUGCUGGCCAUGAUGCUAAUGGGCGGCUAUGAGAACAUCAUGUACUUUGCCAGAGAAUAUGCGGCACCACCUCCUGACGCUGUCGGUUCCCGUUUCUGGAAGAGCGUCUGCCAUGAGAAGGGUGCAGCGAGCCUUCUCAGUGCACGUCGCGAGAGAGGCUUCGUAGCAGAUACAGAGUUGGAUAAGGCCAUUCGACAGAAAUGUCUUCGUAUCAUCAUACUUCGUGGAGGUGCAAUGCCAGCUUGGUUAGAAGAUGGCGCGGACUGGGGCGAAAAAGGGCAUGAGUUGGAGCUGGACUCGCUCAUAAUCCGUGUUUUGACUUUGAGGAAUAAAUCGAUAUCUUUCCUGAGAAAUAUGGACGAAGCAGACUCAAGAAUCAUUGAAAAAGUCAAGUCGAUCGCAAUGGAAGCAUACGCACUCGAUUAUGAUCUCGCUUUAUGGCCAUUUGGGCUUGCUCAAGACUGGAGGUUCCAAAUCAGCCGCACCCGCUCACAGCCGAGUUUGAACGCAGUGGAUUCCCGUGCAAACGCACCCUCACAUACUUACUCUUCAGUUGGCCAUGCAGCAAUAUGGAAUCGAUACCGCGCUCUUCGUCUAAUCACAAAUAGCAUUCAGAAACGAGCCUUCUUUGCGCUCAAGUCGCUAUCUGACAGUUCCUUUGCGGAUACGAAUAUGCAGAGAUGCCAGAUUAACAUCAACGAUCUUGCUGUCGAUCUGCGAUGUGGUGUGGAGUUCUCUCUCACUUCCCGGGCCCCUGCUAGAGGUGCCAAGGCUAUCACAUUUGUUGACGAGCCUCACCCGAGUGUAGCUGCGCUACUAGCAUGGCCAUUAACUGUGGCCGUGAGCGUUGAUGCUGUCGAGCCUCCAGAAAAGACUUGGAUGAAGGGUGCCUUGAAGGCCGUUGCGCGAUCUUUGGGGCACACGCUACUUGAAUCCGUCAGUGACCAUGGAGAGUUCAAAUUUUGA